AUGUGUCUAUUCUCCCGCCGUCCCGACUGGGAAGAAGACGUCGUCUUCGCCAACCGCCGCCACGGCCGCCGUCGCCGGCACUCCCGCGUCGUCUCCGAAACAAUCAUCACCUCCCGUCCAACCCAACAAGUCAUCCACGCACCUCCCACCCCUCCACCCGUCAUCAAACCCGCGCCCACGCCCUCUCCUCCUCCCCCACCGCCUGCGCCGCCCUCCCCUCCACGCAUCGAGCUCGUCUCCGUCGAAGAAGAUACGCGGCGCGCCAGCCCGCGCGGGAGCCGAGUCAGCGUCAGCACGCACAAGAAGAGCCGGCAUGGGAGUCGGGGCGGGGGAGAAGAGGUGUACAUUGAGCGGGAGAGGGAGAGGGUGAGGCUGUCGCCGAUAGAGAAGCCGCGGGAGGAGUUUGAGACCUAUAGAUAUGUGCAUGGGAGUGGGCAUAUGGAGGCUGCGCCGGUGGUGCCGGUGGUGCAGGAGGAGCUGCAUAGGAGGAGGAGUAGGAGUAUUACGUAUGAGAGUAAUCCGAGGGCUAGUGGGAGGGUGAUGGAGAGGGAGAGAGUGGUUAUUGAGGAUGAUGGGAGUGGGAGGAGGAGGGAGUAUUAUCGUCGACCGUAA